CCAGCAGCAUGGUAUUAAAAAUAUGUUAAUAUCUCUUCUGCAACUCACCUACCUCUCUUUCAGCCUCCACUGAAGAAAGACACCGGUGCCGAUAAAUAGGUCACGUGAUAAACAUGUUGAGGACCUCGGGAUGUUAGAAAGAGCCCGAAGAUCCUCCCCUACUGAUCACCUUUUAUAAAUGGAAGAAAGCCCAACUCACCCCAACACAAUUUUGACUGAGGCCACAUCCCGCCUGCUGUUUCGCAAACAACUUUAAUUCACACUGUCCAGCGCCAUGGCCGCCAAUGCAUCCUGGCUGACGGUGGCAAACGGGACAAUGGGAGACAACCAGACGACGAAACCUUUCAGCGUGUUCGACGGCUGCGACUCUCAAGUGGAGGGCAUCCUGUACGACCUGACGCUGCAGUGCAUCAACGUGGUGGUGGGCAUCCCCGCCAACUUGCUGGUCAUCGCCGUGCUGGUGCGCAACCGCAAAGAGUCCACCACGUCCGACAUUUACCUGGGCUCCCUGGCGUUCAUGGACGCCUACUUCGGCUCCAUGACGCCCAUAAGCUUCCUUAACCUCUACCACUGGCACAGCAAGGAGGUGUGGUCCGCCCUCAAGUUCUCCUACGGGGUGAAGGACACAAGCGGGCCUCUCUUCCUGUCCUGCAUCUGUCUGGACCGCUUCUUAGCCGUCGUCUUCCCGCUGGUAUUCGGCCGAUUCAAACGCAUCGAGUACCGCUUGAGUCUGUCCGUCUUGGUCUUCGGACUCACCUUCGCCUACUCUGCCGCCAAGACGGUGGGCGGCCUGCCCGACUUCGAGAAGGUUUUCACCGGUGAGAUCCUGGCCACGUUCACCUGGAUGGUGGUGUGCAAUGCCAGCAUCCUGUGGGCCCUGAAGAAGUCUGGCGGCGUCGGGAAGGACGACAUGCGGCCCAUGAAGAGGAAGGCGUUCAAGAUCGUGCUGUCCAUCCUUUGCAUCAUCGUGGUCAACUACUUGCCGCCCGUGGCCCUGUUCCCCUUCGAGGACUACUACUCUCCCGACGUCUUCCGUUGCUACGUGCAACCCAUCGGGUUCUCCUUCCUCAACAUCAGCAGCACUAUCCAGCCUCUGGUCUAUCUAUGCCGCCUGGACAAGGUCCCCUUCCUGCCGGACGCUUGUGUCCGCAAGUGCUGCCCCUGUGUCCCCCAGGAGAAAGACAAAACAGCACCUGCGCCGAAGCCAUCUGGCUAACUAGAACAUUUUUACAUCAGGCCCUAAAUUUUGCUCUUUCUAGUUAGUUAUAUAGUGGAUAUAAAAACACAUCCGUGAUGGAAAAAAAAAUUGUGAUAGGGUCCUAGAUAAUAUUCUGUCCACCUGGAACCAGAUCAGACACGUUCAACUGUGGAGAUAAAUAUUCCCUUUAUUGCAAAGUGUGAUUGUGCUUGGAUACUUGUACCUUAAUGACAGCAAAAUACAAAGUUCAUUUGACAUAGCGCCCUCGUGUGUACAACAGCAAUAAUGCAAUUUGUAAUUUAAUAAAUGUGUCUGAGCUUGCCAUUAUGGGCAUUUUUUUUAAAGGUGCAAAAAUAGUGCAGGCCUGCAGAGUCCCUUCCCUACAUGAAAAAGCAGACUUUAUAGAAGUUGAAAGGAAGAUACGAAUAGAAUUGAAUUUCAAUCAGAAUGCAAAUUUAAGUUGAGAAGUUCCAAUCAAGGUUUCAUUGCCUCAGCAUAGUGACAAGCCCCCUUCUCUGGAAGAAUCUUUAACGGAUGGCCGCUUUGGGUGUAAAAAUAAGGAAGCAGCGUUUCAUUAAAGGUGUGCUCGUACGCGUGAAUCAGCGAAUCGUCAUCGACGUCCCAAAACAUCACGGUGCCUUUGUCGUAAUCCACGUGCACUUUGAUUCGCUUCGGCGUCUUGGACACAGCCAGCCGUCUCGGUGGGGAGGUCAUGGCCUUGACCUGGCCAUCCCUAAAGCACAAAGUCCAGAAGCCGUUCUCGGGUCUGGCGUUGACCUCGGCGUUCCUGGGGAUGGAUGAGGAAGCCACGCCCAGGAGCCAGUCUUGGUUGCUUUCCGUCUGCACCACCCAGCUAUGGCUGCCUGAGUCCAGUGCCGUGGCGCCGACCACCUCGGCGCUCAGGUGGAAGGGCUCCGGGUUGUCAGGGCAACAGUUCAUUUGGGCGGUAUAGUGGCAGGAAGUGAGGUCGUCGGACAGGAUGAGGCAAGGGUGUGCUGUGUUUGGAUCCAAGGUCACCGAAAGGCAGGAGUUUCUUUCGACACACACAACCACACACCUACACAUAGACACAUACACACGCACACCCACCCACACACACACAUACACACACACAAACACACACACAUACAUACACAUACACACAGACACAUACACACACACACACACACAAACAUACACAUACACACACACACACUAUAAUCAAUAUGUUCCGGCAUUUUUUCCCGCACUCUGUACUUGAGGUUGGAGAGAUGGUUGGUCACAUCGAUAAGAACACCACUCAUGUUGUCGGAACCCAGUGUUGUGCUUCUGUCGUCACACAAUCACACUCCUGUUUUCAAAUGUCAACAAUUACGGCAGACACAAAUGAUUCCGUACCUUUUCUCAUUAUCUUUAAAGUUCUGUGAAAAGAAAAGAGUGACUCAACAUCUAUAAUGGAAGUUUUUUUUCUUUCAACAUCAUUUUUGAAUGCUGAUCUCUCAGCGCUUUCACCUACAAACCUUCAACAAGACCAUGUCGUCUUCCUCUAGAAGCCGGCGCACGACUUGGAUGUGUUCCGCCAACGACCUCCUCUUGGCUGAAAUCGGCUUUAUCUUGGCCCCUAUCUCCUCUUCCUCCCGCUUGACCGCCGCCAGCCGGGCCUCCUCCUCCCGAUCCAGCAUUUGACGGCGCUGCUCAAACCGACCCCGGAUCUGACGUUGAGUGGCCGCUGCCUGUUCCUAGAAGAGGAAAUACCUUGGUCCGUCAUUGAUUUGUAACAGUGAUGGCAAACAUGUCCCAGAAUCGGACUGCAAAAUUAUAUUCUCUACUUCUAAUAGGGCUGUAGGGUUUUAUUAAUCAAAAUAUCAAUGAUUUUAUUUAUUUUUUAAUUUCAUUUUAAUCCAUUCUUAAAUUUAGACCAACUCACUUUGAUGUACGUAAACAUGACGGCGGAGGACUUUUGGAUGGUCUUCAGCGCCCUCAAUUUGUCUUCCAGGCUCUUGAGGGACUUGUUCAUUUUCUUCUGGAAAAACCAACCAGAAAGUGAUGAGCUAGCAUACGGUGUUAAAGUUUGGACUGGUUGGAAUUGUUCAGAGCGUUGGACAGACUCGAAGAACAGCAUUCCACAUGGAAGUGUUUGCAUGGUUACUUAUUGAAUUACUUUGCGGCCUUGUUCUUGUCCGACACGCCCAAGCUAUUGCAGAAAUAUUUUUUCUUUCUAUGGAAACUUCCCACUUCUGAUUCUUGUUUUUAAGUUUCUUUUGUAACAGUGUAACAAUGGUGGAGGUUCACACCCUGCCACCCUACCUUGCAGUCUGUCGCCGCCUCUUCUAUGGGUGAGCACUGGUGGUCCUUGUGCGCCGUGGAGUAAUGGCAUACUACGCAGAUGGGCUCCUUGUCCUCCAGACAGAAAAGUUUAAACUUCUCUCCGUGCAGGGGACACAUCAGCCUCUCCUCAGCUUCCAUCUCUUUGCGGGAGACCACGGCCUCGCAGAUGUUCUUCAGGGCCAGGUUGGCGAAGUGGCUGGACUUGGAGCUCUUCUUGCGACAGACGGGACAUUCACAAAGAUUUGCGUCCCAGCAACGCUCCUGACAUGUCCUGCAGAAGCUGUGGCUGCAUGACAGCACCACCGGGUCAGAGAAGAUUUCAUGGCAGAUGGGGCAGGUGAGAUCCUCCUCCAAAAGUGACAUGGUC